AACCCUAGCUCCCUUUCUUUCUCGUCAAUCGCUAAUCCCAUGCGUUGUCCAAAUCCCUAAUUUUUCCCCCUCAAUUUUACUCAUAAAAACCCUAGAAAUCAAGCAAGAAGUCGGAGAUGCUGGGUCCGAUCCUCCCUCUUCCGGCGCCGCCCGCCGACGGUGACUCCGGCCCUCUCCCACUUGCCCAGGUCCCUCCCGAUUCGCAACCCCAAGAGACCAAUGAGCCCCCGUCAGCCCCCGCUCCGGUGGCCACCCACACGCGCACGAUCGGCAUCAUCCACCCCCCGCCGGAUAUCCGCCUGAUCAUCGACAAGACGGCGAAUUUCGUCGCCAAGAAUGGCCCCGAGUUCGAGAAGCGUAUCCUUGCCAACAACGCCAACAACGCUAAGUUCAACUUCAUCAUCACCACAGAUCCCUACCACGCCUAUUACCAGCACCGCAUCUCCGAGUUCCGAUCCCAGCUCCAGUCCGCCUCCGACCCCUCUCAGCCCUCUGAACCAUCUCCCUCACCCAAGCCCGACUCCGCAGCCCCUCCUCCUGAUACCGCCCCUGCCCCCAAGGCUGACCCCUCGGCCCCGUUCCGUGUCCCUACCCGCAAGCCUCUUGAACCUCCUGAGGCCGAGCAGUACACUGUGCGCCUGCCUGAGGGCAUCACCGGCGAGGAGCUGGAUAUCAUCAAGCUCACAGCGCAGUUCGUUGCCAGAAAUGGUAAGUCUUUCUUGACGAGCCUCACUAGUCGUGAGAUCAGCAACCCUCAGUUCCACUUCUUGAAGCCCACGCACAGCAUGUUCACGUUCUUCACUGCACUGGCCGAUGCGUAUUCGAAGGUUUUGAUGCCGCCAAAAGGCUUGACUGGGAAGCUGGAGAACAGUGUGAAAGAUUUGACGACAGUUUUGGAGAGGUGUUUGCAUAGGCUUGAAUGGGAUCGGUCCCAGGAGCAGGCGAGGCAAAAGGCUGAGGAUGAGAUUGAGAAGGAGAGAAUGGAGAUGGCUAUGAUUGAUUGGCAUGAUUUUGUGGUUGUUGAGACCAUUGAGUUUGCUGAUGAUGAGGAUGAGGAGCUACCUCCGCCAAUGACGCUUGAGGAAGUUAUUAGAAGGAGCAAGUUCUCUACUUUGGAUGAGAAGGAAGCCAUGGACACUGCUGAGCCUGGGAAGGAGGUUGAGAUGGAGAUGGAUGAAGAGGAGAUCCAGCUCAUGGAGGAGGGCAUGAGGGCCACAAGAAUCGAAGAGAAUGAUGGUGGUGAGGAGAAGAAGGGUGAAAUGAAGUCUGCAAUGGGUGAUGAGCCGGAGCCACCAAUGAGGAUUGUCAAGAACUGGAAGAGGCCUGAGGAGAGGGUGGCUGCAGAGAGGGAUCCGACCAAGUUUGUGAUUUCUCCCAUCACUGGCGAGCUGAUCCCCAUCAGUGAGAUGGAGGAGCAUAUGCGUAUAUCGCUUAUUGACCCCAAGUAUAAAGAACAGAAGGAGAGAAUGAUGGCUAAGAUCCGUGAGACUACCCUUGCUGCAGAUGAUGAGAUUUCGAGGAACAUUGUGGGGCUUGCAAAGACUCGACCUGAUAUUUUUGGUACCACAGAGGAGGAAGUCUCCAAUGCAGUCAAGGCAGAGAUUGAGAAGAAGGAUGAGCAGCCGAAGCAGGUUAUAUGGGAUGGUCAUUCAGGGAGCAUCGGCCGGACUGCCAGCCAGGCAUUGUCACAGGGUCUUCCGGGGGAAGAACAAAUUGAUUCUAAUGCCAGUGAUUUUAGGGCUCUAGCUGGCCCUGCUGCUCCACCACCGAGACCUGGUAUUCCGAUGGUUCGUCCUCUCCCUCCACCACCUGGACUGGCACUGAAUAUCCCUCGAUUUGUUCCUCCUACCAAUGUCCAGUAUUCAGCCCCCGGUACUGGUGGGGGUAUCAUGCAGCUACCCCAUCGGCCAGGUGUUUCACCAUUGGUUUCAUCUGCAGGGCCUCCACAAACAUCCUACCAUCUUAAUUCAUCGCAACAGCAUAUGGUGAUGAAUAGGCCACCUCACAUGCCUCAGCCUAUAUCAAUAACCCCAUCAGCAAUUCCUGUUCCACCACCCCCGGGAUCCCAAUUUACUCCUUUGAUGGCCCCCCGACCGCCUUUUGGUGCCAUUCCUAUUCCAGCACCUAACAUGCAUAUGGUUCCACCACUUCCUAUGUCAGGGAUGCCCCCACCUCCGCCUCCUGAAGAAGCUCCUCCACCGCUACCUGACGAACCUGAGCCAAAGAAACCUCGACUUGAUGAUUCUUCACUCAUUCCGGAGGAUCAGUUCCUUGUGCAGCACCCUGGUUCUGCUCGCAUUUCUAUCUCUGUUCCUAAUGUUGAUGAAGGGAACCUUAAAGGGCAGGUGUUGGAGAUCACUGUCCAUUCCUUAUCUGAAACUAUUGGCAGCCUUAAGGAGAAGAUCGCUGGAGAGGUUCAGCUUCCUGCUAACAAACAGAAACUGAGUGGCCGGGCUGGUUUUCUCAAGGACAAUCUUACACUUGCUUACUACAAUAUCCGACCUAGUGAAAUGCUGACCCUUGCUUUAAGGGAGCGUGGAGGAAGAAAGAGAUGAACUUUCUGGACUUUAGUCAAGGUUUGGCGAGUUAAUUCAAUACUCAGUAUCCUGUUGGGGAUGUGCCUGCACAUUGAAGUAGCAUUUUAUGGCUGAGCUUUGAUUCAGGAUAUUGUAGUGUUGUUAAUAUAAUCGAGCUCUUCCGUUUUUUGGAAUUUGCAAGUUUCAUCGAAAUCUUUACUUUAAACUGAUGUGAUUAUGGUUCUUCAUGCAGAUGGACAUCUUGCUUUUGACCAUCUUUUGGUGCAUUUAGGGAAGUGCAUUUGUUCCUUCAGAGUGGCAAGAUGAAAAUUUAAUUAGCUUUUAUCUGCAUCUUUAUAUUGUAUCUUACUUUAUAAUGUUAGACUAUUUGUUGUGGACCAAAUACUUUAUUUUAUCUAAUAUUGAGAAUAUCUUCUGGAUAUAAUUUCUUGUGUUGCUUGCUUCUUUCUCAUUACUUCGUGGUCUGCAGGUUUUGCUUUGAGAUGAAUGAAGUUUAUUUGAGCAUUUAUCUGCAUUGAUCUGUUGGAACCAAUUGGACAGCUUCUUGUUCCAUGAAAAAUGAUGCUAGCCUGAACAUGUGAUACAGUACACUCUCUUUGUCAUCUCUAUCUUGGAAAUACAGAAUGUGGAGAAAUGGUGAAGCAGCAGGCCAGAUGCAGUCAUUCUAAAGAUGGGAUCAAGUUCUUUUUUGUUUUUUUUUUUUAAUAUUGCGUUAUAAAUUACAGUGCACUCUUUUAAUGUAACAAGAGAGAGUUCUUUUCUGAUUUUUUUCUUAAUAGCGCUUUAUAAAUUAUGGUGCACCUUUUAAUGUA